CAACGUGCAGACGCCGAGCGUCAGUAGGUGUCAGAAGGCCGGUGAGUCGGCAGCAGCUGCUCGCCUCGUCGCUCCUGUAACCUGACACUUGCAGCUCAGCCGCCGCCGCCGACCCCCGUCUCCCUCCCUCCCUCCAGCCCGCCCCGCUGCGCCCUUGCCCGGCCCUCUCCCCACAGCCUGCACCAACCUCCCGUGGCCAGAAGAGCCAGAGACACAGCCCACUGACCAUGGCCCGGGCCCGGCGAGCUGUGCUGCUGUGCGCCGCUCUCACCCUCUUGCUGGAGCGAGUUUCAGGCGACAACGACUUGAACUUGGAGGAUGCCAUCUCCGAUGAUCGCCGCUUGAUGCCAACUCCCGCAAAACCUCGCAAACAAACAGGCGGGACAGAUACAGGGGAAUUUGACUUGGCAGAUUAUUUUGACUUUGACACCCCCUCGGACAAGCAAACAACCACCAAAUCUCCCAAGAGGACACCUACCAAAGACAACGAUGAUCUGUUGGGUUUUCUUCUAACGACCAAAUCUCCUAGCAGAACCACAAAAGCACCGGGAACCACCAAAAAGGCACCAAAGAAGAAUUCUGGCUCUGAUUUUGACCUGGCUGACGCCCUCGAUGACAACAAUGACAAUAGGAAAAGAAAUCACGGCAACCCAGAUCGUCCUUCCGCUCCAAGAUCCAACGGAAAUAAACCUAAAGAAGGAGGCUCUGACAUUUCGGAUAGCGAUCUUGAUGAUAUAUUGGGUGGUGGUGACUACAAACCAGAUGAGAGAAAGAAAGAUGACCCUCUGCCUCCUGAUGACCAGAAAGACGUUGCUCUGCCUGAUACAACAAUCGCAGGGAUUGUCAGUGCGGUGGCGGCAGCUUUGGUGGGUGCCAUCUCCAGCUACAUUGCCUAUCAGAAGAAGCAACUGUGCUUUAAAAUGCAAGGGACCCUCAAUCAAGUUUACCUGAAAGGGGAAAAUGUUGAAGCUGGGACUAUGUCUGAGCCACAAGCUGAGAGAAGCCUCCUGGAGACACAGUCAGAGAAGCCACCAGCCGAUGUUGCGAAUAAGGUCUAAGAUCACCGUGCUGGAGAAGACAGGCUCUACCCGGACACCAACCUCUGUUUAAAAUGGCUUCUUAUUUCAUUUAUUUCAAGUAAAAUGGCUGCUUAUUGGGGAGAAAAAAUGUUCCUUCAAGCAAUGGAGUAACCAUUGACAUCAGUGUUAGAUGAAGAAUGGAGUAGUCACAGCGGUUAGACUAGAUACAAUGUUGGCGUGUAGGUUGCACAUAGAAAGUAAUGGAUAAUGUGAAAGUAUUUGACUUGAAUGUGAGGAACAUGACAAGAUAAACUGCUUGCUUAGAGCAUGUACUGUAGCUAAGGGAUUUCUUUCUUACUUAUGAAAACAAUUAACAUUUAACAGAUGUAUCUAUUGCAGUGGCAGGGAAGAUGGUGGGUGUGAAGGGGUAUGAUUUACAUGCUUAUCCUGGUUGGGAUUGCGUAGAUUAGAGAUGGUGACUGUAUUAAAUACAUGGAUAGUAUUAAAUACUCAACGAGUCCCCCUGCCCUUCCCCAUCGAUCCAUUUUCCAACUCUGUGUUUACGCAGAUUAAAACGAUUCAUAUAAAGGCACAGGGUAGAUAAAUCACAGAUGUGUAAGAUCACCUUUCUUAAUCUGCAAAGUGCGUUAAGAUGAGUCAGGGACUGAGACCCAAGUGAACUGGAAGAAUAAAACAUUCCCUCUAGAACCCAAACCCUUCACUCAUCUCAGAUCAAGCCUUCCAACGCCAAACUUCACAAGAAAUGGGGGGGGGGGCUGCUAUCGAUUGAAAAUCGCAUGCCAAAUAAUGCACAGAUUGCAUCUGCCCGUUAAAUCCUGCAACAAUCACCCCUGCCUGAGUUAUUGCUUCAGAUUUUACAUGAGUGAUGGUGUGCAGCUUUACAAGAGCAAUGCCCGGUGCAGUUUGUGCGUGUAUAUAUUUUCUAACAGACUGUGUUCAGCAUUCGCUCUGUGACUGGAAGAGCAAUUUGCUUGGAUCAGUGUUUGCUGCAUAAGGUGGGAAUAUCAAUCAGCUUUCACCACCAAAGGACAUAAACCACUGCAAGCACUGGCACACCAUUCAUCAUGUGGAAAAGACUUGAGGCUGCUAGUGUGUUCCCCUUGAGUUUUGCUGGAGAGACAAUCUGUAUUAAUACUGAUUUCUUGUGCACUUUCUGCAAGUAUCACGUUUGUAAUGUUUUAUUUUAGGCGGGAGGGGGGGGUGCAGUGAAUGUAAUCUCGUGGACUUGGACAAUUUAAAGCAACAGCCUUCAAGAGACUUACAAAUUGUAGCUGAAUGUCACCGCUGUGCCAAAGCCAAAUUGCCCCUGGAACAUAACACAGAGUGGUAGGGAGAGAAUAGAGAUUGUCUGCUCAUUCAAUGAAGCAGUGCCUCAUCUGUGACUGAAUCUUUGCCCUGUGUACCUUUGGUUAACAUAAAGCCAGCAGUCCCAGCUGUAGACAGAACAACUGAGUUGGCAUUCAUUGCUUUUUGUGGCUGAAGUAUGAGGUGCCUGUAGUCUUGUGCUCGUCCCCCUUUAUACAGUGCCCUGGCUGUUAUGCAUUUUAAUAAAUGGUAUCAUUUUGCAUCACCUGCCCUUAGGCUUUCACCGUAUGAGCAGGUCAAGAUCACAUCCUGUAACCUUUGUGUAGGAAGGAACUGCAGAUGCUGGUUUAAGCUGUUGGUCCGAAGAAGGGUCUCGACCCCUAACUUCACCUAUUUCUUUUCUCCGGGGAUGCUGCCUGCCCCGCUGACUUACUGCAUCUUUUUGUGACUAUCUUCAUAUAACCUUUCCUGGGAUUCUGUAAAACAGCAACUCCCCCGGUAAUCAGUUCUCCUUUAAAUCUCUGCCUUAAAGUUAAUUCCCAGCUGUCCCCUUGAAACAUCUGUUUGGAGUAUUCCAGUCGGUGUGAUGCAGGGCAUGAGUACCAGGGGCAGUCAUACCCUGUAACUGUGCAGGCUGCUGAUUGCAUGACCAGCAGCAGCAGCAGCAGCAGCAGCAGCAGCAGCCGCAAGGGCCAGAGGAAUGAUCAAGCUUUGUCUGCGAGCGUUCACACACAGCAGCCGUCCCCACCUUGUUUGCAGCAUUGUCCCUGCCGAUGACUCUCGAUGGCGCACUGCAUACUCUCAGCCUCAUUGCAGUGUGCAGGCAGCGUUGUGGGCUGAAUACCAAGUGGGUGAGCUCGCUGAGAUCUACUGCACACAGAGCAACACUUCACUCGUUUCCCAUCUGCUUGCCUUAUUUGAAGUGUACCCAGGCAAACGCUCUCCAGCAAUGGCAUGCCGUGCUGUUAGCUCGUAGGCUUUGCUGGUUAGAACAAGGCCAUUUAUUCUAGACACAGCAUGUCGGAGUAACUCAGUGGGUCAGGCAGCAUCCCUUGAGAACAUGGUAGGGGACGUUUCAAGACGGGACCCCUCUUCAGACCGAUUGUGGUAGUGGGGAGAAAGCUGGAAGAGAGGUGGGGGUGAGAGGAAAAGCCUGGCGAAUGAUAGGUGGAUACAGGUGAGGAGGGGUUUGUCUGUGGGGUCUAAAGAAGGGUCUCGACCCGAAACGUCACCUAUCUACGUUCUCCAAAGAUGCUGCCUGACUCGCUGAGUUACUCCAACACUUGGUUUUUGUUAGUAGACCUUCACCUGCAGUUCCACGUGUCUUCAGUUUAGCACGUCAAAGUUGGGGGUAAAAUGACAGGUCAGUGAGGCUUGACUUUUUCACACAGUUUUCACACAGGUGGGUGUAUGGAACGAGCUGCCACAGGAGGUAGAUGAAUGAGGCAGGUAGUAUAACAACAUUUAAAGGGCACUUGGACAGGCACAUAAAUAGGAAUGAUUUAGUGAGAUAUGGGCCUAAUGUGGGCAAAUGGGUCUUCGAUGAGGCAUUGUGAUCAGCAAGGCGGUGUUGGGCCGAAGGGCCUGUUUCCGCACUGUAAGACUCGGAAGACUUUAUGGUACAAAAUUUAACCCUUCAAAAUCACCACAGGCCUAUCGAAUCUAAGCUGCCGAGAAGGGUGAAUAGCCUUGGUUUCCAUCACUUCAUGUAGCUAGGAGAAAGAUGCAAUAGUCCUCCCAUCUGUUGGGAAGCCUGUCUUAAAUGGGGACUUCUACCAACAGGAAAUCAGAUGACAGUGAACUGCUGACUUCUAUAUGAAAAUGAAAGAUUCUGGGUGUAACAGUAUGGACAAUAUGAUAUAAAACUACAAGAGCCGGCCCUUGGGCCCACAAUGUUUGUGCUGAUAUAGACUCUCAGGACUGGACUAGUCAGUUUGUCCUUAACAACUUGUUAAAAAAUACACUGUUAUAAUGCACAUUCCCAAUGUAAUCAAUUUAACAGUCUCCCAAACAGCAUUAAUACCGAGAAAUAGCAGUCUAACCCUGCCCAGCGAAUGUUAGCAGUGUCUAAUUUAAAUCUUUAGAUGUUCACACAUGGAGAGCAGCAGAUUCUGAAUUAAAACACUAGCGCGGUGCAUUGCUUUAUUACUUAUUAUUCCCUCUGCUUCAUUGUGGUGAGGAUUUAUCACUGCCUGCCACGCUGCAGGGAAGUUGCAGAAGCUGGUAAAUAAUCAAUAGCUGCGUGGCGGAGAGGAGCGGAUGCUUAAAGCGGUGGCGUAUCUGUAGCACAGACAUUCUUUUUGUUAAUAAUGUGCAAGACGGAUGGGGGGAACAUGCUUCUGCAGGCUGGAUCCAAGGACAGUCUAAAAAUAAAAGCCUGGCCUUUCUCGGGGGAAUAUAAAAUAUUUGCCUCACAUCAGUGAAUGGGAAAAAAUGUCGCUAAAUCACAAAAAGAUGUCAGUGGCGCAGCGGUAGAGCAGCUGCUUUACAGCGCCAGAGACCCAGGUUUGGUCCUGACCAUGGGUGCUGCCUGUACCGAAUCUGUACGUUCUCCCUGUGACCUCGUGGGCUUUCUCCGGGUGCUCUAGUUUCCUUCCACAUCCCAAAUACGUGCAGGUUUGUAGGUCAAUUGCCUUCGGGUAAAAUUGUAAAUUGUCCCUAAUGUGUAGAAUAGUAUGGGGUGAUUGUUGAUCGGAACGGACGAAUGGACCUUUUUUCUGCGCUGUAUCUCUAAAGUUGUCCCUCAGUCCAUCCAGCUUGAUUGGGAGUAAUGUAUAUUUAUAUACAGUAUGAUUUAUUUUGGUAACAUACAAAACAAACGCUAUUCACUGGACGUCAGUACAUGUGACAAUAAUAAAUGUAAAUUUAAUUUGGGAGUUAGCUCUUUGCAUGGGCAAUCCCACUAUUCCCACAAAUGUGCAGGUUUAUUGUCACAAACUACAGUGAAAAGCUUUGUUGUGCAUGCUAUGUAAACAGAUUUGAUAUGUUACAUUAAUACAAUCAAGCCAAACUCAAAUACAAUAGAUUUUAGAGAUACAACGUGGAAACAGGCCCUUCAGCCCACCGAGUCCGUGCUGACCAACGUUCCCCAUACACUAUCACCAUCCUACACACUAGGGGCAAGUAUACCGAAGCCAAUUAACCUACAAACUCGUAUCUCUUGGAGUGUGGGAGGAAACCAGAGCACCCGGAGAAACUUCACGCGAUCACAGGGAGAUUGUACAAACUCCUUACAGACAGUGCCCGUAAUCAGGAUUGAACCCAGGUCUUUGGCGUUGUAAGGCAACAGCUCUACCACUGUGCCACCCCAAGGAGGAACGGAAAGAAACAUACAGAGUGCAGAAUAUAGCUCUCAGCAUUGUGGCACAACAGUAUCAGGGGAGAAGUCUAAAGUCCACAAUGAAGUAGGUUGGAGAAUUGGGACAGUUUCAUAGCUUAUGGAAGGACCGUUCAAAAGGGGUACAGACGUCCCCAUCCUCUCCUCGAGCUUUAUAUUCAACUUUCCUUUCCAGCACUUAUCCAUUUCCCCUUUGAAUUCUCUCAUGAGAUCUACUGUCCCUCCAUACCAUCUGAACAGAACAGUAGACUAACGUGUUCUGCAGAUUAAUAAUAAAUUAUGAGGUUAUAGGUUUUGUACCCAACGUUGAUUGCUUCUUGUUAACCAAAGGUAUCAGUGGAUAUGGAAUAAAUGCAAGUACAUGUCCUGGCACAAAUCAUUGACAUCUCAAGAGCCUUUUCCUGUUUCUAGGUUCCUUGAUGUGGAUUUGGGUUAUGAUUUGAUUUGCCUUGAAGUUGCUCUAGACGGCAGAGGAAAUGUGAAGGCCAAGAAAUGUCAUGGGCUGAUCAGUUGUUUGUGCCGUUCUUCCUCAGUUGAAUUACAACAGAUUUCUCCUCAAGCCCCCUUUUUCCCACUGAUCUACAACCCUCCAUACUCUCACCUGAUGACGCUCCAUAGAUCUCAGUCUACUGGAUUAUUUUUUUCUAAUGAAAUAAUUAGGCCAUUCAGCCCAUCAAGUCCACUCCACCAUUCAAUCAUGAUGUGUUAUUGUUUAGGUAGAAGAAGGGUGCGACAAGGCUUUGAUUAUAUUGGCUGCUUUUCCGAGGCAGCAUGAAGUGCAGAUGGAGUUGAUAGUGGGUUCAUUUCAGGCGUGAUUUGUGAAUGGUAAUCUGCAGGACAACACGAUGUUAUCCGACCAUUGGAUGUCUGACCUACUUGAUCCAUUUCCUGGCCAG